CAAGUCUGAAAGCAGACGCGCAACUUUCGCAGAAUCCACCUUAAAAUCUCUGCCUUAAACUGCACCAGCCCCCAAAAAAUCCAAGGGGGGAAGCGAAGGGGGGGAGAGCAGAUUCCCCCCUCCCCCUCUCCUCUCCUAUCCCUCCCCCUUCCUCCUCCCUUUGAGUUAACAAGGCCCCGCUCACUAUAUCUCUUUAUAUUAAAAAUAUAUACAUUAGAGAAGAGCGAGGGAGAGGGAGAACCACCUCCGCCCCCCCUUUUUAAUUUUUUUUUAAUUUUUUUUUUGCAAGGAUCCCAAGAGCUAAGGUGGCUGCAGAGGGGAGAGUGGCGCAAGCCAAGUGGGGGGAGGGUGGAGGAAACCCGGGAGAAGGCUUUCUCCAGCCCCCAAAGUUUUGAUGAUGACCAUGACUACGAUGGCUGACGGCUUGGAAGGCCAGGACUCGUCCAAAUCCGCCUUCAUGGAGUUCGGGCAACAGCAGCAGCAGCAGCAGCCGCCGCCGCAGCAGCAGCCGCCGCCGCCGCCGCCCUCGCAGCAGAGCUCCCCGGCCAUGGCAGGCGCGCACUACCCGCUGCACUGCCUGCACUCGGCGGCGGCCGGGUCGCACCACCACCACCACCAGCACCACCACCACGGCUCGCCCUACGCGGCGGGCGGCGGCAACUCCUACAACCACCGCUCGCUCGCCGCCUACCCCUACAUGAGCCACUCGCAGCACAGCCCUUACCUCCAGUCCUACCACAACAGCAGCGCGGCCGCCCAGACGAGAGGGGACGACACAGAUCAACAAAAAACCACAGUGAUUGAAAACGGGGAAAUCAGGUUCAAUGGAAAAGGGAAAAAGAUUCGGAAGCCUCGGACCAUUUAUUCCAGCCUGCAGCUCCAGGCUUUAAACCAUCGCUUUCAGCAGACUCAGUACCUGGCCCUUCCCGAGAGAGCUGAACUGGCAGCUUCCUUAGGACUGACACAAACACAGGUGAAGAUAUGGUUUCAGAACAAACGCUCUAAGUUUAAGAAACUGCUGAAGCAAGGCAGUAACCCUCAUGAGAGCGACCCUCUCCCAGGCUCAGCGGCCCUGUCGCCGCGCUCGCCAGCGCUGCCUCCAGUGUGGGACGUUUCCACCUCAGCCAAGGGCGUCAGUAUGCCCCCCAACAGCUACAUGCCCGGCUAUUCGCAUUGGUACUCCUCUCCACACCAGGACACGAUGCAGAGACCACAGAUGAUGUGAGUUGUCCGAGGGAAGUCGAUACCCUAGGGAAACGUCUGAACAAGGCAAGGAGGAUCCGGGACCUGCUUGCAGCUGCCAAACCGAGCCGAAGGAGCAGGCUCGGGAGAACUCAUAUCUGGCGAGACCAUCGGAGUGCACUCUCUCUCUCACUCCCCCCUUUCUUUUCCUCCCUCCUUCCUUUUUUCCUUCGUUCCCUCCUUUCUUUUCCUUUUUCCUUUUUCUUUCCUUGUCUGCCUUUUCCCUUGAGCAGCCUCAGUAAUUGAUCUUGCAUCUUAGGGAGAGAGAGAGGGAGGGAGGGAGAGAGAGGGAGAGGCUGGUUACUAUGCCAGCGCUCCUGAAACCCCUCACUGUAAGUAUAUUUUCUCUUACCCCUUGGGAAUCCAGGCUCUGAGCCUCUUCUCCUCUUUGGGAGUAUCCAUCAAAACAACGUUUUUUUAAAAAAAAAAAAAAAAAAAAAACACAGACAUUUCCCCCACCAGAAGAAUCUGUGCAAACAUGGCAGCAUUUUCACUUGUUUAAUGAACUUAAAAGACAUUACAUGAUGAAACAGAAGCAUUUCAGACUCCUACAUUUUUAUUUACCAAUCCCAGACUGAUAAAAACAAAACAAGACAAAGAAAGAAAAGAAAAACCCUCACAUACCAGCCAUUCUCUAAAGAAAAGGGGGAAAUCAGCUGUAAUAUUAGAACAUUGCCACAAAGGGAAAGCUGCAUGUUUUAUCAAAAUUCAAUGAGCAAAGAAUGAUGAUUUCAAAACAAGACAAAACCACUGUUUCCCCACCCCACCCCCAAACCCUGAACUGGAACCAGGAAAGACAGAGGAAACAACCAAAAUCAUGGUUCUAUUGCUUUGACACCUUUACUGGGUGAAUUGGUGGCAUUCACUAAGCUAAUAGGGACGUUUAUAUCAAGAAACAUUUCUGUAUAUAUUGUUGAAUUUUAGUUGUACAUAUACUUUGUAUGUUUUUGUCUUCUUUCAUAUAUGGAGUAAAAGCCACAAAAUGCUG